CAGCUGCAGAGAAAGAUAGGAGAGAAAUAGAGAGAGAGCCUUACCGACUCCCGAGAGAGGGCCAGAGGGCGGCGGAAGCGGUGCGACGGGGCUAGUGGCUGGCCGAUAUCGACGGCGGCGAGAGCUUCGAGGGAGGAAGAGUGAGAAUAAUUUCAGACUUGUUAGGCGUAAGGUUGACAGAGAAGGGAAACGAAAAUCACUGGAGGGGCAUCGUUGUGCGACAGAGACUUACCGAGAGAGAAGACGCGACGAGUGGGGACUAAUGGGCCUUCUCUGUGCGUGAUGGUGGAACACUGAAGUGUGAGAGGGAAUUCGGUACCGUUAACAGAGAAACACAACGGCAAAAGGGAAAGGAAAGGGAUUUCAGCUUGAGCUUACUGGAAAGGUGCGACGGUGAAGGGAGUGACCGGUCGGCUGUUUCUGGGUGUCUUCCGGCGAGGUGGCUUGGCUGGGAAAAUCUGUGAUGUCUCGGUUUGAGGAAGGAAAGGCUACGGUGCUGUGAAAGUCGGUUGUUGUGUUUUGAAAUCGCAGAGGGAGAAGAGGGUGUUCGACGUGUUCGAUUUGGAGUCAAACAAUGGCCGCCGUAAGCCAACAAUUCGGUCAUGUUACCCUAGAAGAGAGGGAGUCGAACAAUGGCUGCCGUAUGUUACAGGUUUUCUCGUCCGGUUCCAAGCAAUUUGACAUGGGUCACUCUCAUUUCUGCGAAUCCUGUUGGCAUUUGUGGCGGCUGAGUUGAAACAAAGAAGCCUAUGAUGAAACACUACAACGCCAUCCUGCCUUUGUUAGACAAAUGCAAAACCAUGACUGAAUUGAGACAACUACAUGGGCUGAUGAUCACUACAUCAGUGAUAAAAUAUGUGAUACCCUUGAGCAGGCUUAUUGAUUUUUGCGCGAAUCCCAAAGCUGGAGACCUCGAUUAUGCAGAGUCAGUUUUUAGCCAAAUUGAAGUGCCUAGUGCAUACAUUUGGAACUCUAUGAUCAAAGCUUACUCAAACAGCAACAACCCAGAUGAGGCUGUGCAUAUGUAUAGAGAAAUGCAGCGAAGAGGUUACUCACCGGACCAUUUUACGUUCCCUUUUGUGCUCAAAGCAUGUUCAGUAGUUACGAAUCCACAUCACGGGAAAUGCAUUCAUUGUCGAAUUUUGAAAACUGGGUUUGAAUUGGAUGUGUAUGCGUCCUGUGGUUUACUAAAUAUGUAUGUAUCCUGUGCAGAUAUGGUAGCAGGAUUGAAAGUGUUUGAUGCUAUUCCUAAGUGGAAUGUGGUGGCUUGGACUAGUUUGAUUUCUGGGUAUGUUAAUAACGGUUGGCCAAGGAAGGCAAUUGAGGUGUGUAAAGACAUGGAGUUUUGGGGUGUAGAGCCUAAUGAAAUAACCUUGGUUAAUGUAUUAGUUGCAUGCUCUCAUAGUAGAGAUAUAGAUUCUGGAAAAUGGGUUCACAGUCGUGUCUGCCAACUGGGAUAUGAUCCCUUUGAAUCAGACUCGAAUUUCAACGUGAUACUUGCAACUGCCAUUAUAGAUAUGUAUGCAAAAUGUGGUAGCUUGGGAUACGCAAGGAAGCUGUUCAACAAAAUGCCUAAAAAAAGCUUGGUUGUAUGGAAUUCCAUGGUUGGUGCUUAUAAUCAGUAUGGCAGGGUUGAGGAGGCACUAGGUCUGUUUCGAGACAUGAUGAUUGGUGGGUUUCAGCCGGACACAGCUACCUUUCUGAGCGGCAUAGGUGUCUGUGCUCAUUUGGGGGCUUUGGCAUUGGGACAAAAUAUUCAUGCAUUUGUAUUGAAGACCAACAUCGUCAAGGAUAUUGCUGUUGGAACUGCCCUGUUAGACAUGUAUGCCAAAGUUGGAGAUGCAAGAAGUUCGCAUAAGAUCUUUUGUGAAUUGCAAAAGAAAGACGCGAUUGCAUGGACGAGCAUGAUAAUUGGUUUAGCUAUGCACGGGCAUGCAGAGGAAGCUCUAGGUACUUUCAAGAGAAUGCAAGAGGAUCCUAAUGUAAUCCCUGACGAGAUCACAUACAUUGGGGUUCUAUCUGCAUGUAGCCAUCUUGGGUUGGUAGAAGAAGGUCAGAGACACUUCACUUCAAUGGCAGAUGAUUACAGCAUAGAGCCAACAGUAGAGCACUAUGGUUGCAUGAUUGAUCUCUUGAGCCGAGCAGGCUGCUUCGAAAAGGCAGAGAGGUUAGUUGAGAAAAUGCCAACCCAACCAAAUAUUGCCAUAUGGGGUGCUCUUUUAAAUGGUUGUGAGAUUCAUGGAAAUGUGGAUCUAGCUGAUCAAUUGAGAAGCCGUAUAACAGAGUUGGAACCUCAGGGUAGCGGAGUUUAUGUUCUUCUUUCCAAUAUAUAUGCUAGGGUUGGUAAAUGGCAAGAAGCAAAGCUGGCUAGAGAGCUGAUGGCACAUAGAAGGAUUGCUAAAACUCGGGGACACAGUGCAAUUGAAUUGAAAUUGUUGCACUCUUAAUUACUUCGGAAAUUUUACUUCAAAAGGAUUUUGGGUUUA